GGCGCCCCCGUGGGCAGCCGUGCGCGUCCCGGUGGCUUCUGGGUAGCGGUUUACCCCCGCCCACUGCGUUAGCGUCUUCCUUUCGCCGCCAGACGCCGCCGAGGUCGCACGCGUGAGGUCUGUCCACCGCAGCCGACAUGCGCUACGUCGCUUCUUACCUGCUGGCCGCCCUCGGGGGCAACUCCUCUCCUAGCGCCAAAGACAUCAAGAAAAUACUAGACAGCGUGGGCAUCGAGGCGGACGAUGAUCGGCUCAACAAGGUCAUCAGUGAGCUGAAUGGAAAAAACAUUGAGGAUGUCAUCGCUCAGGGUGUUGGCAAGCUGGCCAGUGUGCCUGCUGGUGGGGCUGUGGCUGUUUCUGCUGCCCCUGGCUCUGCAGCUCCUGCUGCUGGUUCUGCCCCCGCUGCAGCAGAGGAGAAGAAAGAUGAGAAGAAGGAGGAGUCUGAGGAGUCGGAUGACGACAUGGGAUUUGGCUUGUUUGAUUAAAUUCCUGCCUCCCUGCAAAUAAAGCCUUUUUAUGUA